AUGUCGCCCGUACUACAUACCUAUAUACUAUUGCCAGCUCUGCACGUGAAAUCCGAAGGCGGCGAAAGUAAUCUAAAUGUCCAAGGCCAGGGGAAAAAGAAGGAGCGCUUCGAUGACGACGACGAGCAGUUGGAGAAAGUGCAAGAGAAGAAGGCGCCGCCGACGACCAAGAAGGGUGGUGGCAAGAAGGGCAAGCGAGGGGGCGGCGGCGAUUCCAGUGAUGAGGAUGUCGCGCCCAAGAGUCGCGACAACGAGGAUCUGGAGAGCAUAGCCUCCUCGAAUCAGAGCAAACAGCAGCAGGGCAAGAAGCAGACGAAGAAGGGGAAGAAGGGCAAAAAGAACGACGACUGGAGCGACGAGGAUGAGAAGCCAGCGAAGGGUUUGCCCAACCAGGAUGAGGAUGACGACGAUGAGGCGCCUGCAUCGAAGCCAGCUGCCAAAAAGCCACCGCCGAGCAAGAAAAACAAGAAGAACAAAAAGAAGAACGAUGAUUUCUCCGACGAAGAGGUGGCCGAGGUGGAUUUGGACGAACCCGAGGACGAGGAGGAGGAGGAGAUCGUCGUGGCCGCCAAGCCCGCUUCCAAGAAGUCCAAGAAGAAGCAGCAGCAGCAGAAGAACAAGUUCGCCAUGAGCGAGGAUGAAGAUGAAGAGGAGGCCCUCGAGGAUCUGCCAGAUGAGGAGGACGAGGAGGAGGAGGAGCAGCUAUCCAACAAGCCGGCGUCGAAAAAGUCCAAGAAAAAGCAGCAACAGCAGAAGCAGAAACUGCCAGUGAGCGAGGACGAGGAGGAGCUUGAGGAUGAGGACGAGCAGCCCGAAAAGGAGGUGGAGGAGCAGAAGGUGGAGCAAGUGCUCAGCGAAAAGGUGGCUGCAGUGAGUCUCAAGGAGAAGACCCCUGAAAAGCAACCAGAACCGGAAGCUAUCGUGGAACCCGAACCGGAAGCUGAGGCAGAAGCCGAAGCCGAGGACGAGCCCAAGUCCGAGGACAGCAAGGAGACCAAGGAGAAGCGGCUCACCCACAAGGAGAAGAAGAAGCAAAAGAAGCAGCAGGAAUACGAACGCCAAAUGGAGCUGAUGACCAAGAAGGGCGGCGCUGGGCACUCGGAUCUGGACAACAAUUUCACCAUGUCGCAGGUGCAGAAGAGCGCCGGUCAACAAGCAGCUUUGGAGCACGCCGUGGACAUCAAGAUCGAGAAUUUUACCAUCUCUGCCAAGGGUAACGAUUUGUUUGUGAACGCCAAUUUGUUGAUUGCCCACGGACGUCGCUAUGGCUUGGUGGGUCCCAAUGGACACGGCAAGACCACGCUGCUCCGGCAUAUUGCCACCCGUGCCUUCGCCAUACCGCCCAACAUUGAUGUGCUGCUCUGCGAACAGGAAGUGGUGGCCACCGACAAGACGGCCAUCGAUACGAUCCUCGAAGCGGACGUGCGACGCACAGAGAUGCUGAAGAAGGCUGAUGAUUUGGAGAAACAGUUUGCUGCUGGGGAUUUGAGUGUUCAGGAGGAGCUCAACGAUACGUUCGCGGAGCUGAAAGCCAUUGGCGCUUACUCGGCAGAAGCGCGUGCCCGGAGAAUCCUGGCCGGUUUGGGUUUCAGCAAGGAGAUGCAGGACCGGCCCACCAACAAGUUCUCCGGUGGCUGGCGCAUGAGAGUCUCCCUGGCCCGAGCUCUGUAUCUGGAGCCCACGCUCCUCAUGCUCGACGAGCCGACCAAUCACUUGGACCUUAACGCUGUCAUCUGGCUGGACAACUAUCUGCAGGGCUGGAAGAAGACCCUCUUGAUUGUGUCCCACGACCAGAGUUUCUUGGACAACGUGUGCAACGAGAUUAUUCACUUGGACCAAAAGAAACUGCAGUACUACAAGGGCAACUACUCGAUGUUCAAGAAGAUGUACGUGCAGAAGCGUCGCGAGAUGAUCAAGGAGUACGAGAAGCAGGAGAAGCGUCUGCGCGAGCUGAAGGCCCACGGUCAGUCGAAGAAGGCGGCGGAGAAGAAGCAAAAGGAGUCGCUCACGCGGAAGCAGGAGAAGAACAAGUCGAAGCAGCAGAAACAGGACGAGGAUGAGGGACCGCAGGAGCUGCUGGCCAGGCCCAAGGAAUACAUUGUCAAGUUCCGUUUCCCGGAGCCAUCGCAACUCCAGCCGCCCAUUUUGGGUGUGCACAACGUGACCUUCGCGUUCCCGGGACAAAAGCCUCUAUUCAUCAAGGCCGACUUUGGUAUCGAUCUCACGAGUCGUGUGGCCAUCGUCGGACCCAAUGGUGUGGGCAAAUCCACGUUCCUAAAGCUGCUCCUCGGCGAACUGGAGCCGCAGGAGGGUGAGCAGCGCAAGAAUCAUCGGCUGCAUGUCGGCCGCUUCGAUCAGCACUCCGGCGAGCAUCUCACGGCUGAGGAAUCGGCUGCGGAGUAUCUGCAGCGCCUGUUCAAUUUGCCGCACGAAAAGGCGCGCAAGGCGUUGGGUUCCUUUGGUCUCGUUAGUCAUGCGCACACCAUCAAGAUGAAGGAUCUUUCCGGCGGUCAAAAGGCUCGCGUGGCCCUCGCCGAACUCUGUCUGAGUGCUCCGGAUGUGUUGAUUCUCGAUGAGCCGACCAAUAACCUGGAUAUCGAGAGUAUCGAUGCCUUGGCGGAGGCCAUCAACGAGUACGAAGGCGGCGUUAUUAUCGUCUCCCACGACGAGCGAUUGAUCCGUGAGACGGGCUGCACUCUGUACGUGAUUGAGGAUCAGUCGAUCAACGAGAUCGACGGGGAGUUCGACGACUACAGGAAGGAGGUGCUCGAUUCGCUGGGCGAGGUGGUCAACAAUCCCAGCGUGGUGGCCAAUGCGGCUGUGCUGCAAUAACCCUCGCGUUCUUGGUCACGGACUUCGAGUCCUCCACACCACAGGAUAUCAUCUCGUCAGCCGGCUCGCACUAUGUUAAUUGUUCAACUGUUGAAUGGUUUAUCCGCUAGUUAGCCUUUUUAUACCAACAUAUAUACAAUAACAAAUUGUGAAAGUAAAUGUUAUUACACAAGA